ACCCUUGAGUCCUCUUGCUCAGUUGAUCGUCUCUCUCCCCUCCGCCGCCGCCGCCAUGGCAGCCGCCGCCGCCGCCCGUUCCCGCACCGCCGCGGCGUGGGCCCGCCUUCUCUCCCUGCGGCCGCACCACAUCGCGGGCUCCACCACUCUUCCCCGCCACAAUCACCUAGGCUCGCGGAUCACGCCCCCGCGCCGCCACCUGGCCUUCUCCGCCUCCGCGGGGGGCGCCAGGCCCCAGAUCCAGAGCGAGCGGGCCGUGCACGAGCUGCUCGCGGAGGUCGAGCGCGAGCGCCAGCGGGAGCGCCAGGACCGCCGCGCUAGCGAAGGCGCCCAGGACGAAGAGGCAGCGGAGGAGGAGGAGGAGGACUACCUGGGCGUCAAGCCGCUCAUCGAGAAGCUCGAGCGCCGCAAGGCCAAGGAGGCGGCCGCCGACGAAGGCUACUGGGAGCCCACCGACUCCGACAGCGACGAGGAAGACGAGCGCUACACGCCCGACGCCAUCAAGCGACGCGUCGACGAGUUGGAACGCAAGUGCAAGCGACACGGGGAGCUCCUGCGCUCAUUCGCGGAGGCCGAGACCCUCGACGAGGCUCACAAAUGGAUGACCAAAAUCGACAAGUUCGAGGAGCGCCACCUCAAGCUGCCACUCGAGUACAGGGUCAUCGGCGACAUGAUGAACCGCCUCAAAGACUCCACGGGCAAAGACCGCUUUGUUCUCCUCCAGAAGCUCAACCGAGCCGUUAGGAUCAUGGAAUGCAAGGAAGCAUUCGACCCCAGUAACCCCGCAAACUUUGGCCUCAUUCAGCACCAGCAGGUUGGUUCGCCAGAGGAUCUGGUGCUCAAUGCGGGCUUUGAUAAGGAGAAGCAGAUGAUCCAGGGGGAACAAAUCGACGACGACGACGACGAGGAAUUCAAUGAAGCAAAGGAGAGGGAUGAUUUGCUCAUUGAGAAACUCAAUGCUAUCGAAAAGAAGAUCGAGGACAGGCUGGCAGAGUUGGAUCACACCUUUGGCAAGAAAGGCAGAGUUUUGGAGGAGGAAAUUAAGGAUUUGGUGGAGGAGCGCAAUUCCCUGUCCGAGAAAAAGAGGAGACCUAUGUACAGAAAAGGUUUUGACGUCAAAGUUAUUGACGUUAACAGGACAUGCAAAGUCACAAAGGGAGGCCAAAUAGCAAAAUUCACAGCAUUAUUGGCCACUGGAAACUACCAUGGUGUUGUAGGCUUCGCAAAAGCUAAAGGGCCAACAGCCAAGAUAGCAAUACAGAGGGCUUAUGAGAAAUGCUUCCAGAACCUCCAUUACAUGGAGCGAUAUGAGGAUCACACAAUUGCUCAUGCUAUCCAGGCCAAAUAUGAAAAAACAAAGAUAUACCUCUGGCCUGGACCCAUGAGAAGUGGAAUGUCUGCUGCUGGUAGGACUGUUGAAACUGUGCUGUACUUGGCUGGUUUCAGCAACGUCAAGUCAAAGAUUAUUGGAUCAAGGAACCCACUUAAUGUGAUUAAAGCUCUCUUCAUAGCUUUGAAUGCUAUUGAGACUCCAAAGGAUGUCCAGCAGAAGUUUGGGCGUACUGUGGUCGAGUCUUACUUAUUGUAACCAUCUGAUUUGUUUGGAGGAGGUGAGGCCAGCAGAGUCUUGUAUUGUAACCAUCUUCAUAGCUUUGAAUGCUAUUGGGCACAACUGCUGGAACAUCUUAGGAAGAUAAAUGCUAUGUUUCGAGGCCUUGGGGAAUCAUUGAUUUUGGCUGUUCAUUGUUACAAUCACUGCACCUCUGUACUGUGAUAUGUGUUAGCCUUGGGGAAUCAUUGAUUUUGGCUGUUCAUUGUUACAAUCACUCUGCACCUCUGUACUGUGAAAGAUUGCUUGUAGCAGAAGAUCCGAGAGUUUUCCCUUGCUAUCAUCUGAUCUUCAAAAACUUUCAAUAUUGUUGUGCUUUUUAGCUAUUUCAUACAAGUAAUUAUGCUGGUCUAUACGAAUCUAUUCACCUGUGAAUGUGAAAAGGGUCGAUAGAGAUGCCCUUGUUUUCCUUUAGAGGCCAGGUUGGAAGAACAAGCAGCUGAGAGCAUGCAAGGCUUCGUUACCCCUACUUUAUUCUUUGGUUCUUUUUUUGUGUGUACCUCCUGCAUUCCUUGUUUCAUUUCUAAUCGUACUCAUGUUUAAUAUGCUCAAUAUAGGCAUACUGCACUGUUGUUGAAAUAUGAAAGCAUGCUAUUAUUUUUUGUCCUUACUGAAAUUCUACUUAUUUGCAGAUUGAAAUUUUAGAGUGGUUAGUCAGAACAAACAGAUCCAGUUUGCAAACUGAAGGAUAUAUCAGUCCUUUUUGGAUUCAAUUACCAGAAACUAGAAUAGCCUGUAUUGAACUUGUAGAAAGUUUUGCAGAUCAGAAAUGUGGUUUAAUUUAUUUAGGAUGCGAAAAUUCAUCCUUUCUUAAGUGAAUUAGAAGUGUUUAGUUUUGUUUCCUCAUGGUUCAGCAGAUUCAAGCUUGUUUACAUUCUUCGGAAUAUUAGAAUCCUGCCUUGACCCUGGAACAUGAAAAGAGAAUUGUGCAUGAUUUAAUCGCAAAGCUUUCUUUACAUGCUCACCCAAAGUUAACAUCUGGCACAGUUUCAUUAAAGCCUGCAGAUAUAUGCAUGACACAGCUAACUCCGUUCCUCAAAAAAUGAAGAGGAACCAAAAGAGUUCUCUUAAAAAAAAAAGAUAGGAACUACUGUGCUAAAUCAUUCUGGAUUACUUAUUUGUUGCAAUCUUCUGAUAUGUGUUAUGAAUGCAUUCUUAGCACUCUGAAGAAACAAGAACUUGAAUGACAUGUUCGUUUUGAAAACCCUAUGCCUACAGUUUGUACUUUUGAUCCUAGAAAUACAGCUGCUGGUAAAGUUUUUAAUUUUUUAUUAGUUCAGUAUUUGAAGGGUGAAAGUUGUUCUUUGGUUCACUGGUUCAGUUGUGGGUGCAAUUUUUCAUGUCUAUGAAUUGAAUGGCUAGAUACCUAUUUGUUGCAAUCUGAUUCAUGUCAAUCUUUAGGAAACAUAGAGCUUCUUAUCUGGAAGUACCUUUGUUAAGCCAUAUAAGCUGGCGAAGUAAGAAACUUUUGUUGGCCAAGGAUGUAUCAAGGUACGUAUGUUACACAAACAUGCAAUUGAAUUUGACAUUCAACACACAUUCAAAAACGCCUCUGCUUUCCUGACAGGAAACUGAAAGAUGCACAUACCUCUUUAUUCACAAUAGUUAUUCAGUGAUGAAUUAACUGACAGUGAUGCUAAUUGCCUAAUUUUCUGUUGGGCUAGCAUGUCAUGCACCCAGAGAUUCUGACAAUGAAAUAUCAGAACCUGUGGUUAAAAUUCAUCUUCUCAACCAGAUCCUUGCACCGUUAUAUUGAUAUUUCAUUUCACCAUAUAGAGACAAGCUCAUUUAGUUCAGCCUUACUGUAAUGUACUUCCAUGCAAUUCUACAAAAUUGCCUUGCUUUCUUGAUUGCCAUUUUAGUUCUUUGUAAGCUGGCUUGUUAUUAAUAUUUCUGUAAAUCUAGUUUCAUGUAUUGAUGGUCCAUUAGGGGUUCCCUUUUAGGUAAAGACAGUCACCAGUCAGUUUAUAGGUGCAUCUAUUUAUACUGCGCCCAUGCACGAAUCAGUAUAUUAGUUGCUCCCUCAUCAGAGACUACAACCCUGUUCCUAACUGCAUACUCUUUCUGCUUUGAAGCAGCUGGCUAGCGUUUGUGCUCUUCAGGUGCAAGCGACUUGUGCAUGCUUUGACCCUUUGGUUGGGCCAGACGCUGAGCUCCCACUCCCUAGUCCCUACAGGUAGGCAUGCACCUGGAUUUUGUUUGCGUGUUCUGGUUCUACUCCAUGUUGGCAGAAGCAAGUGAAAACCAGACGGGAGGCAGGUCGAUGCCACGACCUGGACGUUAUAUCUGACCUUUUGGGUCAUGGGAAGCAAUCAUCAUGGCCUUAUUAUUGUUCCAUUAUGGUUGUGCUAGCCACGCACAAUGCAAAACUAUUUUUAGUUGCUUCUACAUCAAUUAGCUUUCCUUGAUGGGAAAUCACCGUAUGUGCCUGACAAACAGUUAUCAUUAGCUGUUAAAUAUGAACGUGGUAGAUUUGAUUAAUUAUUGCAACAUGGCAUAAGCAGCCCUGGUUUAUGUUCCACGUCACCAUUCACCAGUAUUCUAUUAUGUUUCUACAUGUAUAAUUUGAAAUGAGGAAGUUAUAGCUGGACUGUUGGUAGUAGGGACUAUUGUUUUGCAUAUCUUGUAAUUAUUAUUUCGUUUUCUUGAUUCGACUUAACCCUUCAAAUUGUGACAUUAUCACUUUGGUUCACUUUUAUUCGUUAAUGCCAUGUAUACAAAAAUUACCUUGUUUGACUAGGUGUUGAAUCAUUGCCAUCUAUGCUGCACUGGAACUAUUCAUUAAUGCGAGAGUUAGAUAAAAGUUUGCAAGGUAUGCAUUGAACGAUAUACUAUUUUACCAAUUCUUUCUUCAUGUCUUAAAAUAUACACAGCAAACUAAAUCCAAGCACAAUAAAGUUUUCAUUUGCUAGAAGAAUGCUCAGUAUACUGUUUUCUUUGUGAUUACAUGUGUACUUUUUUCCUUUCAAAUGGUGUAGGAUUUCGGAUUACUUGAGCCGCUUGUCAUUUGCAUACCAUGUUAAAUGACUGUUAGUUAUGAUCGAUUUCUCAAUAUUUGAUGAAUAUAGUGUUUAUAUGGGCUGUGGCAAAGGGAUGCCAACCUACAACUCGUGGCAAAUAAACUUUCUAUGAGAUACUUUGGGAAGUUAAUACACAUAGCAUUGUCCAUACUAAGGAGCUUCACAGUUAUAUAUGUUCUUGUGAGACAGUUCUCUGAAUGGAAGCUGCAUUGUUUUAUAACUUAAGUACUUCAGCUUUUUGCCCUGAAAAUAGGCCCCCCUUUUGUGCUUCUCGUUAGUUGUGCAACUAGAAAAUGAACAGCGCUGUCAGCAAGAAAUAGAGGACAUUAAGCAUGUACUUGAAUCUGGAAGUAUCACAUAUGACCCAGCAAAACUGAAAUUUUCUGAAGAAGCAAUCGAGGAGCAGAAACAUUGUGUUAGAAUUGCUGACGAGAAGGUGGCUUUGGCUACUCAGACUUAUGACUUGGUAAGUGUCUUUCGCUUUCAAAAAAAUCCACUGCACCAGGAGCACUAGUUCUUGCUCUAUAUUUUGGAGGAGGAAUCGAAGAGAACACAUAUAAACUUAAUUCUCUCCUCUUUUAUAGUUGUGUAGAAGAAAUGGAAACUGGUACAACUAAUCAGUCACUUGCUUUCCCGAACUGGAGAGCUCGUUAUAAUUGUUUUUCCUCACUUUUUUGUCCUUUCGCCAUUUCUGAGAGAUAACUAUCAAUAUGGAAAAUAUAGGUUGCCAAGUUUUGUUCAUUUUCUUUAUCUCAUCCAGAUAAAACAUAUUUGUCAUUUGUCCUGUAGUAGCACUUCAGGUUCCAUGUAUACACCAUUUUAAUAGAUAUGUCGAUAAUUUUACGUUACUAGUUUAUGCUUUGCUAAGUUCUGCUGCAUAAACAUAUCUCAUGACACCUGUGCGAUGUUCCUAAAUUGUGAAUGUGCGGGAUUUUGAUUGUGCUGAUCUAUAGGUUGAUGCUCAUAUCCAACAGCUAGAUCAAUUUUUGAGGAAGCUUGAAGAAAUUCGACAGGGUAUGGAUUACCUGUUGCAUAACCAUGCAUGUGCAUACCACUGGUUAUUUUCGAAUUUUGUGUUCUUUACAUUUGCCCUUUUGAGUUACAUGACUUAUCAAUUACCUUUUGAGAAAGACAUUACUGAUUUACCGCUAUACCAUGUGGUCUGAAUAAUAGAAAAGGAGGCAGCAGCAGCUGUUGCUGCAGGCACUGCUGCUGCUGCUGCUGCUGCUCCAGCUGCAAGUGCCGGAGCGUCAACUGCUGAUGCUACUCCAAAAACUGAAAGAUCUGACGAAAGAGGCAGAGGGGGUUGUAAGAAGGCUAAGGUACCCACUGAACCACCAGCACCGGCUAUUGAUUUAGAAUUGCAUGUGGAUCCUAAUGAACCGACAUACUGCUUCUGCAACCAAGUCAGCUAUGGUGAGAUGGUCGCAUGCGACAAUCCUAAUUGCAAGAUCGAGUGGUAUCACAUUGGCUGUGUGGGGGUGAAGGAGCUACCCAAGGGAAAGUGGUAUUGUCCAAGCUGCGUUGGAUUCCAGAAGAAGCGAAAAAGCAAAUGAUACUCCAUCCUCAUGCUGCUCUGCUAGUGUGUAGGCCUUGGUUGUGGAACGUUGUUGAUGUUGGGUAACAAAUGUUGUUGCUCUUAGUUGUGACAGUGCAUGCCGUUGUAGAUCCAGCGAUCUGUACAUGUUACACUUAUGGUGUCGAGGAGUGCCCUAAGACCUGCUAGAGUUAGGACCAUGCAGUGUAGGCGGUGUGUAACUUCAUUCCCAUUUUGGCGAUUUGUAGUCUGGGACUCGGUUUUCACUCUUGCCCCUUGCAGUGUUUGGGUUUCAACUUUCAAUCAUUGUACAGAUCUCUUUACUGGUGUCUGCGGAAAGGUUGGAUUCUGGUGUAA